UUCUGGCUAAAGCAGCCCUUUGGGGAGGUUUUGGCACCGCUGAACGCUUGCUUUUUUCACAUUUUCGUUGCAUAGCAGGCGAUAUCUUUCAGCCUUUAUGCAACCUCUUUAUCCUUUCAGAGAAGAAAGCGUUUGGAUCUGGGCAGCACAAACCUCAGCUUUCAAGCUCCGGGCAAGAUUGUCCAGACAGGCCCUGAAACAGAGGAUCGUUGUGAUGUUAAUUAGUAUCUAUUGACCCACUCCUCGGUUUAGACACAGUGGGGCGCACACAGGCUCUCAAAUACUCUUAUGUAAGUUGCAGCCCAGCUGAUGGCUGGCUCCUGCCAAAAGACUAAUUGCUUUUGCUGGGACCACAUCACUGCUGGAAGAGGAGCUAGAAAUCAAUUUCUGGCUUCCAGCGAAGAUCACGCAUUCCUGAUAUCCAAGCUCAACAUUGGAUCUGUAAUCAUCACCCUUUCUGCACAAAAUGCAUCCAAGUUUGGAUUCGAAAUCCUUUUCGGGCUCUGACUUUCAUCUUUGUUAGAAGUCAGUUAGCAGGCAUUCCAGGGCAGGGGACAGCAAACACUCGGGAUCGCUGGUAACGGGACCAGAAGCAACCCCCGCUGGGGCAAGAUGGGGAGGAAGCUGGACCUCUCCAAGCUAACCGAUGAAGAGGCCAAGCAUGUUUGGGAAGUUGUUCAACGAGACUUUGAUCUGCGGAAGAAAGAGGAGGAACGACUGGAGGAGCUGAAAUGCAAGAUCGGCCAGGAGAGCAGCAAGAGAGAGUUCCUGACGAACCAGUCCCACCUCAAUGAAACCCAUUGUGUCCACUGCCUCCAGCCCUUCAAAUUCCUGCUGAACAGCAAGCGGCAGUGCCUGGACUGCCACUUCUACACCUGCAAGAACUGCAGCCGCUACAACAAGAAGGAGCAAGGCUGGGUCUGUGAUCCCUGCCGCCUCUCCAGGAUUGUGAAGAUCGGCUCCCUGGAGUGGUACCAUGAACACAUGCGAUCCCGCUUCAAGAGGUUUGGAAGCGCCAAAGUGCUGCAGUCCCUCUGUGGCAGGCUGCAGCCAGGGCAUGGGCUGAACUCUGCAUUUCUAGGUCUCCAUGACAGAGUUUACAGCCUGCCAGACAUCAACAGUGAAUGCCAGCUCCUCACCAGCGGUGACGUUGGGGAUGACAGCGAUGAUGAAGACAGUGUACUUCGUGGAGCUGAAGCAGAGUGCUACAGUAGAAUGCGCAAGACAAAGCGCCUGCUGUCUGUCCACCCCUUUGAUUUUGAACUGGACUCAGAGUACUCUGCUCAGUCUCGUCGCCAGUCUGUGCAGCUCUCUCCAGCAGCCAGCAGUCCGGAUGCUUUCCAGUCCUUCACAGAUUUUCCCAACUCAGCUGAAGAUGCCUCGCAGGAUUCCAGGAUCACGGACACAGAUCUGGUCUUCCACCACGUCUUGCAGGAGCAGGGACCAGGCAUGAGCCCUCCGGAGCAGCACUUCAGCACGGAGGUUCGACUCACUGUCAAUUCACGGAGAAGAAGCCUGGAAAGAAAUGCAAAACUUGGCAGCUCCUGGAAUGAGCAGCCCCGGUCCCGGUACUCUGCAGAUGUGAACACCUCUGAUGAAGACAUGAAGGCAGCCCACUUUCCUGCCUACCCACCCCUUCACAUGAAACGCCGGAGCAGAGCUUCCUCCCAGGAGAAUGUCAGCUACUCUGGGAAUCAGAUUCAUGAGCUGAACAAACGCAUGUCUGCAAUUGAACGCGUGCUGAAUCGCUUGGAGGAAAAAAUCCUGGUGCGCUCUGACGAGUCUCCAGCUGCAGAGUCCCAACUUGAUCCUGAUGCUGAGGAGGAAGAGUUGAAGAGGAAGCUGGAGGAGUUAGCCAGCAACAUCAGUGACAAAGAAAUCUCUUCUGAAGAAGAGGAGAAUGAAGAAAAUAAGAGAGGAAAGAAACCAGAGAUCAGUUCCUCCAGUGAUGACAUGGCCAGAGAUGUUCAAAAGCGGUCGUCAGCUCAGGCUUUGAGUGAAAUCACAGCCAAAGUCCUGAGAGCCAUAAACGCCACGGAGAGAGCGGUGUGUGAGUCGUUGCAUGGAGAGAGCCAGGGCAACGGUGGCUGUGGCCUCCCUGCAGGCCAGCUUCCCCGCCUGGGAGAUGGGAAAGAGGUGGCCGAAGUGUACCGUGAGCUUGAAGAAAACGUGUACUUGACAGCUGGAAAGACUUACCAGCUUGAGAAGACCCUGAAGGAGCUUGAGGAAGGGACUCAGCACAGUGGCACUACCGACUCAGAGCUGUCAGAGCUGGAGGACAAAGUGGCCUCAGCAGCCACUCAGGUGCAGCAGGCAGAAAGUGAGGUAUCAGACAUCGAAUCUCGAAUUGCAGCUCUGUCUGCUGCAGGGCUGACAGUGAAGUCGGUGGAAAAGGCGAGGAAGAAGUCAAGCGGGCAGGUGAGCUUGGAGGCUGCCUACCUCCACUCUCCCGGUCCUGCCAGCAGCAGUGCAGGAGAGUCUUCAGAUGAUGUUAAAGCGAUGCCUGGGCUGCAGGGAUUCAGGAGGAAGUUCAAUAGUCCACUCCAAAUCACCAGUUUUGAUGACUCCUUUGACCGCAACUCUAUCUACCGUGGCUCCCUGACACAGAGGAACCCCAAUGGGAAGAACAGGAGAGUGGAGAGGCUCUUUGCGAAGCCUGUGAUGACCCACCUGUCCUGAGGAGAGUGGCAUCCUCCUGCCACUGCAUUUCACUCAUCAUACAAGACCUCAACGCAAGCCUCACCUCUUUCUUCCCAAUGCUUUCUCUUCCUUCUCAUAUGCCCAUCUCUCCCUGAAACCCCAGACAGGAGGGAAGCUUGAGGCCAUGGCCAGGAGGUCUUGCUGUGAGCUGCCAGGGAGAGGAACGAGGCACUGGGGUGCAGACACAUGGCCAGAAGCUCUCAUGGGCAGAUGCAGGCAUGAGACCUUGUCUUUGGACAGCUCUUUGGUACCAGGUCAACAAAAGGGACCAGAUACAUGCAGAGGAGGAGUGACCUUCUUGUAGAGAGAUGGUUUCUGAUAUGGGGACUAGGAGCAGUGACAAGGCCUUCACUUGGCAAAAGCUAUCAGUGCCUGUCCCUUUUCUCUCCCAGGUUGUAGGUGAGCUGGACAAGAGCUGGCAGCAAUUAUGACAUGCCCUUGGGGCACCCUAGGUAGAUCAGUGAUCCCUGCACUGGUCCUGACUCCAUGGCCCUUUGGAGCAUCACUUCUCUUCCCUGAGCAGCAAAAUAGGGUGAGAGCAGUGCUGGUUUGCUCACAGCAAGCAUUUAGCUAGCAGAUCUUUGCACAAAGCCUUGCAAACACCCACCGAGGCUUCUCAGCACCGUGCCUGAAGCAGCUGUGGCCAUCUGGGGAAGUGAGUGAGGCAAGGCUCUGGAAUGUGGUGCCAGGAAAGGCUGGAGGGCUUGCUGGGUGUCAGUUUGUUUUUCCAGGUUCCACGUGAGGCUGUAUCAGCAUGUUUAGAAGGAUUCCAGCAAGUAUAGUGUAGGUACUUCUCUGGAGGCUUUCCCUACUCUGCUGGCACUUUGUGGAUAAGCACUUUUCCUGUCCCUGAUGAUGAGACUGGAGAAUCUGGUAGCAUCACCCAAUCCUUUGAAGGGACUGUGAUGGCCUCUGGGGGCUGCAGCAGCCCUGUGCUCCUGCCAAGUGACAGCAGCAUUGGUAACUCCCUCUUCUUCACCCCAAAUUGGUUGUUUUCCUCCAACACUUAAUUCUUCAUGUUCACUAACCCUAGUGGAUGACCACUAGUGGCAGUUUCCCAUUAAUGGCCACUCAGACUGGGCUGUUGUAGACCAUCCCUGUGCAUCUGACCUAGAACUACUUUCAUUAUGAGCAGUUAGUGUGAAUUUUCAUGCAAGUAAUACACACAUUUGGUUUUGGUAGUAGUAGGGACUGCAGACUCCCUAGAAAUUGGUUCUGCAGUCAUCCCAGAGUGGUUUGUAAGUCCAUAGUCUGGGCUUUCCCGUUGGAAACAAACCAGUUUCUCAUUUUAAAAUGAAAACCCUCUGGCCUGAGGUUGGAAAUGGUAAGUGCAAACCACUGCAGUUGCAGAAACUCUCUCAGACACUGCAGCAUUGCUGCUCAGCUGGCUAAGAUGAAAGGACAGCAGCUCCUUGGCUGGCAGAAGGAAGUUCCACCAAGAUCUGGACAAUGCACUUGUCCUGGUGUCAGGGCUCAGCCUUCACCCCAGCUGCUGUAUCUGGUUUCUGCCAUAACUCAAGUCCUUCUAUGGAACCACUGGGACACUUGACCCUGCAAAAAAGUCCUUGCUGUGAGCCUCAGCAGUGCAAACUAAGCUGUCAUCCAGGCCCAAAUCACCCACAGUGCUGUUUGCUGGAUUCCUGCCUCAUCCACCUGUGUAGAGAUUAUAUAUAUGUACACUAAAUCAUGCAAUAAAGCCAAUUUUGUGUCCAUAACCCA